AUGAUCGACUUGUCUUGCAAGCUCCCAGCUGAAGGCUCGAAUCCAGCAGAGCUAGUGGUGGGGUCGUUGGAUGUGAUGGUGGGAACACACCUUCCUGAGGAGCAUCUGAUUGGAAGACUUCCCGAAGGCCCUGAUGGACAACAUCGUGCUUAUUUGGCAAAUGUCAGCACUGUGCCGGCGGCAAGAAGAAGGGGUGUUGCAUCUCAGUUGAUACAGGCUGCUGAAAGUCAAGCAGUAGCGCAAGGUGUCAAGUACAUGUAUGCCCACGUUGUUGCAGACAACUACCCUGCUCUGGCCCUGUACAUGAAUGCUGCAGGGUACACAGCAGAGCAAGAGGAACUUCCAGGCAUUGCAAAGACAUGUGGGCGACCACAACGUAUUCUAGUAAAGAAGGAUCUGUCAGCUUAA